AUGAGACCCUCCAAGAGAUUAAUUUCCUUUUCCCUCUUCUCUCUGGCUAUUUCCCCCGUCUCCUCGACCUGCUACUACCCCAACGGCACCGCCGACGACAACUACCAACCAUGCAACAGAGUCCAAGGCGUCAACGGCAUGUGCUGCUCACUCGACCGCCCCAAUUCCCCGGGCGGACCAGACUCCAAGGGCUACACGGCGGACUUCUGUCUUGAGAACGGACUGUGCCAGAAUAUCGUGCAAAAGAUGAGCACAGGCCAGAUGGUCUACACCUACUGGCGGACUCUGUGCACCAGCACGGACUGGUCGACCAACGGAUGUUUGAAUGUCUGCACUCAGGGCGAGUUCUAUCCGGGGCAUACUUUCCCGCUGACGCCGUGCGAGAAUACCCCCGACUCGAGGACGUGGUGCUGUGGGCAGAAUAACACCGCGUGCUGUGGGACGUCAGAGGCGAUCAUACUUGCGCAGACGCUGGCGGUGGGGCUUUUGGCGUCGACGUCGACAGCGGUAUCUACCUCUGUUAGUACGACGUCCUCGAGGUCUCCUUCCGCCACGACAGCGGCCUCUAUACCGUCGACAUCGACACCGGUUUCUGCACCGCAGCCCCGCGAUUCAUCCCUGUCAACAGGAGCAAAAGUAGGAAUUGGGAUUGGUGUGGGUGUGGGAUCGGUAGCUGUCUUUGGUGCGUUGGCCGUUCUCCUCGUCGGAUGGCGAAGGCGAGUGGCUUCGAGGAGGAGGUUCCCCUUCAGCGGUGUGGGGAUUAUCUCCCGAGGCCAGGUGCAGGAGAAACCAGCUGAUGGACUGCUGACAAGACAUGAGCUGUCAGGUCGGAAUGUAGUGGAAGCGGAAGGAGAGAGUACUGUUGUCGGUGUGGGUAAUAGGCCCGGGGCUUUCACCACGUAG